AUGAUCGAUUAUCCACCCAAGAAGAUGGGAGAGCCCCCACAUACGGAAGAGGAUGUUAUCCGGUGGAUGUAG